AUGAUCGCUCAUGUGUACAGGGACAUGAGUCCUUGGUCUCCUCUGGAACAGCAGUUUCUUAAUGAAGACUUAGUGAAUAUUGACAUGUUUCUAACGGCAAAGGAGGUGGAAGAGUCACUUGAAAGACAAGAGACAGCUACUUGUCUGGCCUGGUGCCAUGACAACAAAUCAAGGCUGAGGAAAAUGAAGAGCUGCCUGGAGUUCAGUUUGAGGAUUCAAGAAUUCAUUGAACUUAUCCGACAAAACAAGAGACUGGAAGCAGUCAGACAUGCACGGAGACACUUCAGUCAAGCUGAGGGGGGACAGCUGGAUGAAGUGCGGCAAGUAAUGGGUAUGCUGGCUUUUCCCUCUGACACUCAUAUUUCACCUUAUAAGGAUCUCUUGGACCCAGCCCGAUGGAAGAUGCUUAUUCAGCAGUUCAGAUAUGAUAACUACAGACUUCACCAACUUGGAAAUAGUUCUGUCUUCACUAUAACACUUCAAGCAGGGCUGUCAGCUAUAAAAACACCACAGUGUUAUAAAGAAGAUGGCUCCUCUAAAAACCCAGACUGCCCUGUCUGUAGCAAAUCUCUGAACAAACUUGCACAACCUCUGCCUAUGGCACAUUGUGCCAAUUCUCGACUGGUCUGCAAGAUCUCUGGCGAAGUUAUGAAUGAAAAUAAUCCACCCAUGAUGCUACCUAAUGGCUAUGUGUAUGGAUACAAUUCACUACUUUCCAUUCGCCAAGAUGACAAAAUCAUCUGCCCAAGAACCAAAGAGGUCUACAACUUCUCCCAAGCUGAAAAAGUGUACAUUAUGUAAAAAUGUGGAAGGGGCAAAGCCAGAAUCUGAACCACAGGAUAAUGUUGGUCAGGCUUACCCUUUUGGCUACUGAGGGCUGCUGAUUACCUGUGGCAAUGCACCUUUUUAUUGGUGGAUGUGUGUCUCUUGCGACCAAAGAUCCAAAAGGAACAAGAAAUACACUUGCUAUUAUAUGGUGACAAAAAGGAGCUUAUGAUGAACUUGACCAGAGUUUGUACUGAGAAAGUGAAAUAAAACAAAUGAGGCUUUGACGUGGGUUUUGUAGUGGUUUACAUUAUCUGAAGAUUUUUGACAGUUUUCAAAUGUACUUCAUUCGUAAGUUUAAAUUUAGUAACUCUCAUUAGUGUUGUGCUUGGGGGUACAAUAUUGAAUUGUUCGGCUGCCUUAUUUCAAGCCUUCAAAAUUUACAUAACUUGCACAACUGCAACUAAAGGUGUUUUCAGGUCGUAAUGUUUUAGAGUAGUUUGCACUAAUAUACUUCAGUUUAACCGGAUCAGCUGUAGAACAAAACCUGCCAUAUUUUGAGCAAUUGUGAUAAUGUUCCAAGCACUAGAGGUUGGAAAUUCCAGGAACCUUACAUUUUAGCACUAUUUAUGCAUGCAGAUACUGUUAGAUUGUAGACCAAAAAUUAUAGCUUCAAAAAAAUUGGAAGCAACUGUUAAUUAAAAAGAAUCAAUUAAAA